AUGGCGGCGGCGGAGCUGCAGGAGCUGCGGGAGCUGGUGGAGCGGGUGGGCGGGCGGCGGGCCGUGCUGCUGGUGGCCGAGGUGGUGGCGGAGGGGGCCCCGGCGGCGGCCACGAUGGCCGCCUUCGCCCGCGACCUGCUGGGCGAGGAGGCGCCGCCGGGCCCGGGGCCGGGCCCGGGGUCGGGGUGCCGGUCCCGGCGGCGGGCCGGCGGCGGGCGGCGGGCGCUGGGAGCGCGGCUGCUGCUGGUGCUGUGCCGUGCCGGGGCGGCGCGGAGCCGCGGGGCCCGGGCCCGCCUGCGGGAGGUGGUGCGGGACGUGCGCGGCCGCCUGCCCCCCGCACCGCCGCCCGCCGUCGUGGGCGUCCUCCUGCCCGGCGGGGACGGGGAGGACGCGGCGGUGCUGGACGCGGCGCUGCGGCAGCACUUCCCGGCGCCCGGGACGGUGCAGGCGGCCCGGUACAGCCCCGGCAGCCCCGCCGCCCUGCGCCGCUGCCGCGCCGCCGCCUGCCGCGCCCUGCGGGCCGCCCUGCAGCAGCAGCACCCGGCAGAAGAGGGGAAAGACCAGGAGAGGUGGAGGCUCCCAUCCUUUCUGCGGUGCAUUUCUUUGAGCCGGAGGAGCUGGAGAAAAGGUCACGAAGCAAAAGCUGCCAACAAUGUUCAUGAAGAUGACCUGCAGGACCCCAAGGAAGAAGUGGCUCUCACCAGCCUCUCCCCGAAUGGAAACUACGAAGAAGCUGCUGGAGGCCCGGGCACCUAGAGCUGCUGGGUGCCCAGCACAGUCCACGACCCGGAUCUGCCUGGUGGAUUUGGAGUAGUGGGAAGAGGAGGUGGUGCAUGCUUACUCACCCUCUCCUCUGAGGACCCACCACUCCAGGAGAAGCUGCUCGGCUUAACUUACCAGGGUCUUCUGUAGCUGCCAACAGCCUCUGAGGUCCAUGCCAGAGAGCCAUCAUCCCCUGCUGCGCCCUGCUGCCUGGGGGUGCCUGGAGCUGCCAGUGGUCACUGGGCUUCUGAGAAACUCUUUGAGGAUGUACCUCACAUCCUGGGUGUGAUGAUCUGGGGACUUUGUGUGUGAAAUGCAGCCAGGUGCUUGAAGAAGGAAGGACGGUUUCUAAUUCUGACCAAAGUUCCCUGCUGAGAUUGCCAGGGCUGGCCUCCCUGGCAAACAGAUUCUGCGGCCUUGUUUUCCUGCUUUAUUGCUGCUUUGAAGUUCCCGCCCUCUCUCUGAUCAGGGAAAAAAAAACAAACCACAACGUGGUGGCAUGGAGACUGCAGUGGGAUUACAUGUGAGGUCUCAGAUCUACAGCUACUGGAAAGGCUUGAAUGUAACUGGGUAAUGUGAAGAAAUGCAGUAAGAGCCCACUGUGGGUAGCAGAAAGAAUGCAAAAGACACUGAUAGUAAUGGCAGCUGGAGCAGAGUGGGGUUUGGGAGCAGGAUCCAUCCCUCUGGCUUGUCCUGGUGCUCACAGACUGACUGAUGGACUGCCUGGGUUGGAGGGGUGGCAGACGGACACUACGGUGUGGCUGGUGCUGGAUGGGGUUAUGGGAGAGGCCCGUCUGACCAGGGACAUCUCCACAGCUGUGCGGUGGUAGGUCUUGGAGGCGGCCUGCAGCAUUCUUCUCAACAAGAUGUGGCUGCUACAUAAAUAAAUAUAAAAAUAUGAAAAUAAUCUAUUUAAGUAGUUCCAAAGGACUGCCUGUAGCCUGCAGGGCUACAAUUAAUUACAAAUCCUUUGUUUUUGAGGUACAUUAUAAUAAUGGUAGGAAUACUUGUUUUAUUUUGACUUUAAUGCAACAUAAAACAGGUCUUGUUUUAUUUUUAGCACAAGCUGGGUUUUGUUUGGUGCUGGCUGUCCUUUUGGAAUUUCAGGCCACAAAAUUCAGCUCAUCAUGUCCUGCCUACCUCUUCUCUGUGUUAGCUGCCGAGUUACGGCAGUACAUCCUCUGUGCACAUCUGUCCUUUCUCUGCCUCUUUAUUUCCCAGUGGCAGCUGAAGUGUUUGCAGUCCUGCCCGCUCCGGCCAGUACCCUCUCCCAACAGUGUACCUUCGGCAUCUCUCUAGCUCUUACUUGGAGCAGGGGAUGGGUUUUUUACCCAGCUCUGCUCAUGAUCAUGGUCAUGAAUAUUUUUCAACAAACCAUUUUUCUGUGCCUCAGGGGACAGCAACACCUACCUACCUCACUGGAGUAAUGAUGGGUAACACUGGAGCGGAGCUUAGCAGAUCUUGGGUUUAGAGUUGGUCCCUUUUGCAAUGGUGCUGCUUUGCCCUUUUAGCUGGGAGAGAGCAUCUGAGGGUGCGUGGGGCAUGCCGGUGGGGUCAAGUGGAGAGAUGGGGAGCAUUUCCAGGUGUGCUCAGCAAGCCUGUGUGUUAUCACGCUGCUUGUUUGAAUGUGCUUGGCUGAAAUGCAGCUGUCGUGCUGUAGCUGCUCCAUGAGAAGGUGGGAGGGAGGGGGGCAAGUGGAUGCCAAGUCCCUGUGAGCAGCGUUUGGGGAAGUGCAUGUUGCAUUUCUUCACAGCAGAAACCCUUCCUAUGUGGGUGUGGGCUGGCGAGACCAAACCUCAGAGAUAGCUGAUGUUGCUCGGCAGAGAGGGCACCGAACCCACCCACCUUCCAGCCUGCAGGAUUUCUGUAGGUUUUCUUUGCUUAUGACCAGGUGGAAAAUACAAAUGUAACAAAGUGACUUCAUAAUAAAGUCACUUGGUGUGUGUGGCUGUAUUCAUGGCCCCGGGCCUCAGCACUGAGUGGUGUGUGCAUCUUAGUGAGAUGAAGGUGUCCUCGGCUCUGUCCCUGGCAGGAGUGUGUAGGUCUGAUGUGUGCUGGAGUCCCUCUGCCCGUCUUCCCAGUCACUAGGCAGUUACAUGCUUUCCCAAGAAAACCCUUGGUUAAAUGAGUCCAGUAGGACUUGACAGUAUGAUGAGGUGAAUCUAUUUUCUUUGAGUAUUUGGCCUUUGCCACCUAGAAUUUACCAGUGAAGGGGUGACCCAAGAGUACAGAUUUGCAGUUAAACCUAUCUUAGUGCCAAAAAUCCAUUGGAUAUAUUUACUGGUAAUUUUUAAGUAAAUCAUGCAAGUUUACCCUUGCAGUGAGGCUUUUGUGGAAGAUGAACUGCCUGGCAUUUAGGAGGUAUGAGUGGGAAUACAUUUGAGCAAAAGUAUUGUUUGCCUUUGACUGAGGGAUGUGACUUGAAUUCUUUUUUUUCUUUUUUUUCACUAGCUGGGCAUAAAGAGGUGCAGCAGAUAGUUUUACAUGUUUAAUUGAUUUAAUAAUUUAAGGGCACUGUUAUCUUACGUGCUUGCUGUAAAAAGUAAAGACAUUUAAUUUCUGAAUUGGAA